GUCUCAUUGAAGUUGUCUGUUUCUGGAUCUGGAUCUGAAAGAAUAAGACCGGUCCAUUUCUCUUUCCCGUGGGGUUUGGAGGUAAUCCGAUCUAAACAUGGCAGAUGAAGAAAAUGAGGAGGAAGUCGAGGUUGAAGUCCCAGCAGAGGAAGAUGCUGCUCCUGCAGAGGAAGAACCAGAACCAGAGCCAGAGCCAGACGUAGAAGAGCCCACUGCAGUAGAAGAAACGCCUGCAGAAGAAGCCGGUGGAGAGACUCAAGAUUCCAAAGCCAAACCAAAAAGUUUUAUGCCAAACGUUGCCCCUCCAAAGCUACCAGAGGGAGAUGGUAAAGUCGAUUUUGACGACCUGCACAGGAAGCGUCAAGAGAAGGACAUGGCUGAGCUGACCUCUCUGAUUGAGUCUCACUUUGUCCAGAGGAAGAAAGAUGAAGAUGAGCUCAUCAGUCUCGUCAACAGGAUCGAGAAGCGUCGUACCGAGAGGGCAGAGCAGCAGAGGAUUCGUGCUGAGCAAGAGAAAGAGAGGCAGGCCCGUCUAGCCGAAGAGAAAGAGAGGAGGGAGCAAGAUGAACAGCGUAGGAAGCACGAUGAUGACGCCAAGAAGAAGAAGGCCCUCACUACCAUGACUCACACAUACGGUGGCAUCCAACAGAAGCAAGAGGGCAAGAAGGGAGCCAAGAAGCAGACUGAGAGAGAAAAGAAGAAGAAGAUCCUGGCUGACAGAAGGAAGGCUCUGAUCAUCGACCAUCUCAAUGAGGACAAACUCAAGGAGAAGGCCAAUGAGCUGUGGCAGUGGAUGAUGGAGCUGGAGGCGGAGAAGUUCGACCUCAGCGAGAGACUGAAGAAGCAGAAAUACGACAUGAAUGUUCUCCAGACCCGAAUCAAUGAGCAGCAGAAGUUUGCCAAAGGCAGAGGCAAGGCCAAGGCAGUCAGGAGAUAAUGAGACCUGGCAGGAUGAAGUCUUCAGGACUGAGACGCCAGACGAUGACGGAGGAUUGUUUUGUUGUUGUUCUUGUUCUUGUUAUCAGUGUACAUGCAAAUUACUAUGGAAAUGUACUGUUAUCACGGUCACUGUUUGCAUGAAGCUAGAAACAAUAAAGAGAUGUUUGCUUUUGA